UGAAACGGGAAAGCCGGGCAGGGUGUCCCAGUGAGCUGCGGUGGCGUUCCGGGCAGGAUCGGGCGGUGGCAACGCCUGAGAGCAUGUCGUUUCCUAAGGCGCCGCUGAAACGCUUCAAUGACCCCUCUGGUUGUGCACCAUCUCCAGGAGCUUAUGAUGUUAAAACUUCAGAAACAGUAAAAGGACCAGUGUCCUUUCAGAAGUCACAGAGAUUUAAAAAACAGAAAGAAUCUCAGCAGAAUGUUAAUAUUGACAGGGAUACUACAUUACCUACUUCGGCUAGGACAGUCAAGACUUCAGGAUUAAAGGAGCCUCUAAAGAAUGAUAAAGAUUUGAAGAUAUUAGAAAAACAGAUCCGUGUUCUCCUGCAGGAACGUGGUAUUCAGGAUAAGCGGAUCCUGGAUCUGGAGAGUGAGUUGGAAAAGACAGAAGCAAAGCUGAAUGCUGCAGUCAGAGAAAAGACAUGCCUGCAUGCAAACAAUGCUUCACUGGAAAAACAGCUCAUUGAGAUAACCAGGAGUAAUGAAGUACUAAAAUCUAAGUUUUCCGAGGAUAGUAGUAACCAGAAGAAUCUACGAGUUUUAAGUCUGGAGUUGAUGAAGCUUAGAAACAAAAGGGAAAUGAAGAUGAAGAGUAUGGUGGCUAAGCAAGAAGACCUGGAGAUGAAGUUACAGGUCACCCAGAAGAGUCUUGAAGAAUCUCAGGGGAAGAUUGCACAGCUUGAUGGGAAACUUGUUUCAAUAGAGAAAGAAAAGAUGGAUGAAAAAUCUGAAACAGAAAAACUAUUAGAAUACAUCGAAGAAAUCAGUUGUGCAUCAGAUCAAGUGGAGAAAUAUAAGCUAGAGAUUGCCCAAUUAGAAGAAAGCUUGAAGGAGAAGAAUCAAGAAAUUGUAAGCCUUACCCAGUCGUUUGAGGAAAAUGUUGUAUUGUCUAAGCAGUUAGAAGAACUGAAUGCAAAAUGUCAACUGCUUGAAAAAGAAAAAGAGGACCUCAUAAACUGGAAUACAGAAAAGAGUGAAACUGUGAAUGCUGAGAUACAAAAUUUAAACGAGAAGCUUAUUCUGGAACAACAGAGAUAUGAAACACUACAACAAAAAGAAUCGGAAAUGAAUUUACUCCUUCAAAAAGAGAUGGAAUCAUCUUCUCAUCUUCAGCAAUUGCUGUAUUACGUUCAGGAGCAAAUAAAUAAAGAGAGAGAUGACUUAAAGGAACAAUUAAGGCAAGCACUGGAUGAGUUGGAUAAGUUACAGCAAAAGGAAGUACAAACUGAAAAACUGGUCAAGCAGUUGGAAGAAGAGAAACAGUCUUCAGCUGCAGAACUGAAACUCAUAGAAGAAAACCUAAGAGGGAAAGAAGCUGAACUGGAGAAAUGUCAUCUUGCUCACUCUGAGGCCACCCAGCUUUUACAGGAAAAGUAUAAUAGUGCAGCGCAAGCCCUUGAAGAUGUUACUGCUCAGUUUGAAAGCUAUAAAAGAUCAGUGGCUAAUGAGAUGGAAGAUCUUAAAUCGGAGAACUCAGUACUACAAGAGAAAGUGUCCAAGGCGGAAAAAAGUGCCAAAGACAUACAGCAUCAGGUGUUAGCAGCUGAGAAUGCCAACCAAGAAUCCACAAGGAUGUGCCUAGAUCUACAGACCCAACUAGAACUUAAGGAAGCAAAACUUAAAGAAAUCACAGUAUCCUCUGGCAAAAAAAUAUCUGAUUUGCAAAGCCUGCUUGAGCAACAAAAUGAAGACUUUAGGAAACAACUGGAAGAAGAAGAAUCAAGGAAAGCUGGAAAAGAAAACAUGAUAGCAGAAUUAACUGAGGAAAGUAAUAAGUGGCGUCUACUUUAUGAAGAACUAUACGAGAAAACAAAACCUUUUCAGGAGCAACUGGAUGCAUUUGAAGCAGAGAAACAAGCAUUGUUGAGUGAACAUGGUGCGGCUCAGGAACAGCUAAAUAAAUUAAGAGAUUCAUAUGCAAAAUUGCUGGGUCAUCAGAAUCUGAAACAAAAAAUCAAGCAUGUUGUAAAAUUGAAAGAUGAAAAUAGCCAACUAAAAUCGGAAGUGACAAAACUCCGCUCUCAGCUUGCUAAAAAAAAACAAAAUGAGAGAAAACUUCAGGAGGACUUGGACAAAGCUCUGGGUAUCAGACGCUUUGAUCCUUCAAAGGCUUUUCAUCAUGAAAGUAAAGAAAAUUUUGCCAUGAAAACCCCACUAAAAGAAGGCAAUGCAAACUGCUGCUGAACUCCUAUGGAGAAUUAAGAAAUCAUGCAACGUCUGGAAAACUUGUGAAAAACUAUUAUUACUAUUGAUGAGAGUAUUAUUAUCAUGUUUCUAAUGCUGUAUUUGUAUUUAAUGUUAUUUUAGUAUGUGAAGAAAGUCAACCUUUUAUUUACCAAAAUGUUUUUUGAAUUUUAUUUUGUGUUGUAAAUACCACCUCCUUUAAGCUAAUCCUUAUCAUGUUAUUUUAACCUUUUAACUGACUUUAGCUUACAUUACUUCCCAGCAAAUCAGAAAUCCU